UACAGUCAAGUUGCACGUGAUGGAGUUGGUUUGCGAACUGCACGCUACAUGUUGAGAUUUUUUUUUUUAAGGUAGGUUAUUAUUUUAUGCAUCUGAGAAUAAGGAAUAUUCAUUUGCAAGUUGCAUUUAGUAAUAUAAGUCAGACGGCAACUUUUCACUGUGAUUCUUUACUACAUGGACACUUUUUGUUGUCCGAUCCCUCCCAUGUCUCCUCCUUCCCUUUACGCACUGUCUCUCCCACUCUCAGCGCGCGCGCUCCACAGUUCUGCCUCAGCUCUCCUGUCAUCAUCACAAACAAAGACAGCCUUCAGGGUAGUUGGCGCAGUGCUUUCGGGGAGCUAAAAGUACUUGAGAAUCAGCAGAACAAUUGGUAUUGAGAUCAACAGCUGUCAGAGUGGACUUUAGAAAAAUCUGCAGUCUUAAUUUACCCCUUUGAAAAUGCAAACCUCUCCGAAUGGCUUUGUUCACUCGUGUGGAUUUAUGCCCUGCUGUCAGUGGUAGUACCAGGUCGUUUCUCUGUCUCAGUUUGUUCUUCCAAGGAAGCCUCCAGGAGACUACAGGAUGAAAUGGACAGUCUUGCUGUUAGAAUACUUUUUGGUCAAAGUUCUGGUGCUGCUGUGCAGCGCGGACGGGGAAGCGCAGCAGCAACAGCUCGAGGGCUUUAUAAUGCUCUCAGGAUCCAAUGGGUCCCGGGAUGAGGAGAGCGUUUCUGAACCUCCACACACUGAGGACAAAUGUCGGGGUUACUAUGAUGUCAUGGGACAGUGGGACCCGCCGUUCGUUUGCCAAACAGGCAAUUAUUUAUAUUGUUGCGGCACUUGUGGCUUCCGAUUUUGCUGCGCUUAUAAAAACUCUCGACUGGAUCAGAGCACAUGUAAAAAUUACGACACACCAGUAUGGUUAACAGGACAGACACCAUAUAAGAAAACCAUAGACCCUAGACACGAUCCAACCAAGGAUAAAACAAACUUGAUUGUAUAUAUAAUAUGUGGAGUAGUGGCAAUUAUGGCACUGGUCGGGAUAUUUACCAAACUUGGACUAGAAAAGGCUCACAGACCUCACAGAGAGAGCAUGUCUCGAGCCGUUGCAAGCGUCAUGCAAGGCGCCCGUCAGGGUCAGCACGAGGAGGCCAUCGGAAUGCACACACAGCAUUAUGACACUGUGCAGGCGAGAGCAAACAACAUGCAAGGCGGCCAGAUAAACAACAUGAUGCAAACGCACCAAUAUCCAGCCCUCAGCCAGCUGUCCCAUGUCUAUGAGCAACAACAAUCGGCAAAAGAGUUCAACAAAUACGCCUCACUGAAGGCUGUGGCGGCCAAAGCCAACGGUGAUUUUCUCAACAAGCAACACCGCCACUUGGUCGAGUUGGCGGCUAAGGGAAGCCUGCCGCUUCAUCCAGUCAGAAUGGAGCACGUGGAGCCCACGGCUUCUUACGUCACAGAGGUCCCGUGCCUCAAGCAAAAUGGACAGAAGCCCAAGAGCAUUAAAGCCCAUGUGGCCCAUCCCGCAAUGGCCUACAGCUCCAAUACCAUCGCGAACCCCGGCAUGCUGAGGAGCUGGGAGAACGCAGAGACUGCAGGUCGCCGCAAAACCUACGGGCCUAGGAAGAUGUGCACGAUGGAACGAGUUAAUGAGCUACACACUGCCCGCAGUCAUCAUUACCUACCAACGCAACCCUACUUUGUAACCAACAGUAAGACAGAGGUGACUGUGUAAGAGGCUGAAUACGCUUCAAAGCAAGUGGCAGAGAGCCAAAAGUGAUUAUUGUCAUGAAAGGACUCUCCACACUGCCCCUAGUGGACUGGAGGCACAACAGGGGUGAGCAUGUUAUGCCCUCACGAUAACAUCCACUGACUGUGAGGCCAGGGACACUUGGAAAUGUUCACCACAAUUUAUAUCCACUGUAACAAUGAUGUGUUUGUGUUCUGUCAAUGAAAAGGUAAAAGGAAACAGAUGUAAAGAAUUGGCACACGAAAAGAUUCAGAUCAAUAGCAAUAAGGUCUAAUAAACGUGUACGGAAAGAAUGGCUACGGAGAGAUGAGACAUUACAGAAAUGAAACUUACCGGAUUAUCGAUCCCAGAUAUUAAAGGGCUGGUGUGGAGUAUGAAAAGCAAAGUGAUGCUCUUAUCUGAAAUAAUAUAGAGAAAAUUUGCUGGGUGUGAUAUUGAUUUGAUGUAGAUGGCAUAAAAGACACUAGGUUUGAGGCUGUGCCUUUUGUUUUCUCAUUAUAAAGCACCUCGGUCAAGCAACUAAACAAAUGACGCUUGAAAUCAGAAGAGUAUUAGUAGCGAUGGUCACAUGUAUGGAGUAUUUAAUGCCGAGGUAGCAUUGUCAUGCCAUGAGCAACACUGUUAAAUAACACGGAAGCUUGGACACAACUUGUGUCUUUGGAAAUAUGUGUUUGGUCUCCUUUUUGCGUAACAUUCGGCAUUACUUUUUUAUGUGUACUCUCAAACGCAUAUGAGCAUGUUGAAAUAUUUGUCAAAAUGUCAUCAGUAGUUGUAUCUGCUGCCACAUGUAAGGUUUUUUUGCACUUUUACAAAUGUGUCGUACAGAAGGUGCAUUUUAUUUUUUAUUUUUUUCCCAAACAGAUGCGACCAUAAAAGUAUAUUUAUACCAUUGCCAAUAUAUUUAUGCAGAUUAUACAGUACAUUGUGCCAAGAAGUAGCUGGUUGAAGUUGUUGUGUUCAGCAUUAUUUAUUUAAAUAUAAUUAUUUAUUUUGUUUUAUUCAAUAGUAUGUUCAAGACAAAAUGUUUUUUAAUGGAGUGGUAGUUCUGGACAUGAAGAUAAAAUAAAGCUUUUUCUUUCCUCAUUCUCUUCAUCUUUAUUUUUCCCCUUCCAUCGCUGUCUUUGAUGCUAACAGGAUUUUGCAUUGUGAGGUUUUUGUACACAGGUCGAUGAACUUUGUUGUAUCCAAUUGAGUUAAUUCAGCAAUGCGUAAACCUGGAAAUAUCAACCCAAAGAACUUGACCUGCUCCUGCACUUCCCCGUGAUUGCAGGGGAACCAGAUCAUGUGGAAUAACUCUAGUCUAGGACGGAUCCCGUCAGCCUCACUGCCCGUAAAAUGUCUAUCUGCUCCAUGCUUCUCAGUUAUUCUGUCGUGUGCAUGCAGUGAGCAGUGCCGUAAAUGCUUGUUUGUGCAUCAUGAAAUUUUACUUUUGCAAAUUUAUUCAUGGUAGUUUUAUUUUUUAAUUCUUUCCUUUACCCCAUCACGUACUAAAGCUACAAUAGAAAGAAGCAUGAGAAUAAAUAAAGUAUAGAGUAUAACUGUGCACCGUAAAGCCUUUAAAUAUCCCAUAACACACACCAAAUUCUGAGGUCCAUCAAAGGCUGUUGUGGUGUUUUGUUAGAAAUAGCCAGGGAACAGGCAGCAAGUCUUUCAUCUGCUGCAAUUCCGAGGAAGUCCCAGAUGAGGAGCAGGGAAGGAAAGGACUCUGAUUGAUUUGAUUCAGGCACUUUGAGCAAGAAUAAGUCAGCUAAUCCAAUCCUCAGCUGCACACAUUCACCUCUGAACAGGUGCCUGGAAACAGCCAGCGAUUGAAUGAGCCCGUUUCUGUGGGGGCCUUGUUGAGCUGCCAGAAAUCAAAGUUCUGCUCGGCAAAUUAAGAUCGAGGGUGCAAGUGACCUAGUUAACCGAAUCAGAACCGGCCUUUUCAGCAUACAGACACGCUGUAUUAGGAGAGCGGGUGGCCGAUUGCAUUUGUUUGUUGAGGACCCAGGCUGAGCAUUGCAUUUUACUAUGGCUUCAACGUCUACAUGAACUGGAGAGACAAAGCAAAAGAUAUUAUUCUACAGAAAAACUAUUCUGUAAGGCUUAUCUGGCUCUAUACAUAGGAUGUACAGUAUUGUCAUGAAUGCCAACACCAGUGUGAUUAGUAUACAUUUUUCUAAUUUAAAAUAGUAUCAAUAUAAUGCAAAAAGUGAUAGAUUUAUCUUUAUUCAUUUAGCAGAUGGUUUUAUCCAAAGUGACUUACAAAGAGAAAUGUUAAAUAGACAAUAUGUGCUGCAAUACAAAACUGUUCAGAAAAGUACAAGCCAGAACAGAAACAGUGAAACAACAGUAUUUAGAUAAUGGCAAUAUAAAUUAGUGGACAAAAUUUAUUCAAAUGCAAAUGAUUCAUUGCUAAAUCAGUUGAUGCAUGAAUAUUAGUCCAAGUUAUGUUAGUUCAUUUCACAUAUACACAUAAGCACAGGCAUUGACUAGGACCAAAAAUCACAGUGUAUUCACAAAAAUGAAGAACUCACUGACUCCCUGCAUUUUAUACUCCAGUCAGAAAUUUCUAAAUUAUGUGCGCAACCUAAUUUCAAUUAUGGGAGAAAUGAGGUUGAGAAAUGGUAUUGAAUGUGAUUAAUGGACUGAGCCUGAGAUAAGUCUGAUUGUUAUGAGGUUAUGAUUAAUUUGAAGUUGGAAAAUGAUAAUGUGGAUACUGAGAAACUAAUCAGAUUCAAGGGCUUAUAUAUUUCUUUUCGUGUUUCAGUAUUGCUACUUGUUCUUAUCUAUGAGUGUGCAAUUCAUUUUGUUUACAGUGAGUUUACAUUAGGAUAUGUCACCACAUGGCAGAUAAUCUGACUUUAAAACAGUAUGUAAAUACUAUUUUUGUGCAGUGUCUUUGUAUAGAUUUGACAUUUAAUAAAGAUACUCUAAACUGAA